CUUGUUUCCCGGAGACCGGCGGCCAUUUUCACUCCACUUCUGCGAGAGGGAAGAUAGCUGUGCUCCGCGAUGGCCGACUACUCUAGCGUGGCUCCUCCGUCCAGCGGCUCCGGCGCGGGCAUGAACGACGCCUUUAAGGACGCCCUGCAGAGGGCUAGACAGAUCGCUGCGAAAAUUGGUGGUGACACUGGUGGUGCACCUCCACCAGCUACGAAUGAAUUUGGAUAUCCAGGCCAGAAAAGGCCGUUGGAAGAUGCGGAUGACUCUUGGACAAGUCUGAGCAGUAGAAAACACUGGAAGGGAUUGCCCCCUCCUUUUGAAGAUCAGCCGGAAACAAAGAAGGUUGCUUCACAGAAUGAUCCUUAUACUUCUCCAAUGGGGGGGAUGAAUGCACCUCAGAGGUCUGUUUCUGAGGAGUUCAAGGUUCCGGAUGGAAUGGUUGGAUUCAUUAUCGGUCGAGGAGGUGAACAAAUAUCUCGCUUGCAGCAAGAAUCUGGAUGCAAAAUACAGAUUGCCCCAGACAGUGGUGGUCUGCCAGACAGAUCUGUGAUGUUAACAGGUUCUCAUGAUUCAAUCCAGACUGCGAAGAGGUUGCUCACUGAAAUUGUAGAGAAAGGAAGGCCUGGACCAGUCUUCCACCAUUCUGAUGGGCCGGGAAUGGCAGUUCAAGAAAUUCUUGUUCCUGCCUCCAAAGCUGGCCUGGUGAUUGGAAAAGGUGGCGAAACCAUCAAACAGCUGCAGGAACGUGCUGGAGUGAAAAUGGUAAUGAUUCAGGAAGGCCCGCAAAACACGGGGGCAGACAAACCACUUAGGAUUUCAGGCGAUCCCUUUAAAGUGCAGCAAGCCAAAGAAAUGGUGAUGGAGCUCAUCCGCGAUCAAGGAGGGUUCAGAGAACAGCGGAAUGAGUAUGGAUCCCGAAUGGGAGGAAGUGACUGCAGCUUAGAUGUUCCCGUGCCAAGGUUUGCAGUUGGAAUUGUUAUAGGCAGAAAUGGUGAAAUGAUCAAGAAGAUUCAGAAUGAUACUGGUGUGAGGAUUCAGUUUAAACCAGAUGAUGGAAGUACUCCAGAAAGAAUUGCUCAGAUCAUGGGACCCCCUGACAGAUCUCAGCAUGCUGCAGAAAUAAUCACAGAUCUCCUACGCAGUGUUCAGGCCGGUGGUCCACCUGGACCAGGAGGAAGGGGAAGAGGAAGGGGUCAGGGCAACUGGAACAUGGGCCCGCCUGGAGGGCUUCAGGAGUUCAGUUUCACGGUCCCCACCAUGAAAACUGGGCUCAUUAUUGGGAAAGGUGGUGAAACGAUAAAAAGCAUAAGCCAGCAGUCCGGUGCCAGAAUAGAGCUACAGAGAAAUCCUCCCCCUAAUGCAGACCCGAGCCUGAAGAUGUUCACAAUUCGUGGAUCACCACAACAGAUUGACUAUGCCAGGCAGUUGGUUGAAGAAAAGAUUGGAGGUCCCGUCAGUCCCUUGGGUGGUCCGCACGGCCCGCCAGGGCCUCAUGGAGGUCCGGCUCCUCAUGGCCCCCCUGGGCCUCCUGGGCCACCUGCUCCAAUGGGUCCUUACAAUCCCGGGCCCUACAACCAGGGCCCGCCUGGUCCUCAUGGUCCCCCUGCACCGUACCAACCACAAGGAUGGGGGAAUGGCUUUCCUCACUGGCAGCAAGGACAGCAGGACCCCGGGAAGGCAGCAGCCGAUGCGAACGCAGCAGCAUGGGCAGCUUAUUAUUCUCAGUAUCAGCAGCAGCCGCAAGCCCCGAUUGCAGCUGCCAGCGCUGCUCCGGGCUCUGCGCAGACAAAUGGACAAAGUGACCAGCAGAAUCCAGGUCAGAGUGGACAGGCAGAUUACACGAAGGCCUGGGAGGAAUAUUACAAGAAAUUGGGUCAACAGGGACAACAGCCACAGGACUAUACAAAGGCUUGGGAAGAGUACUAUAAAAAGCAAGACCCAAAAGGUCAGGCGGCUCCGGCUGCUGCUGCUGCUACCCAGGCAGGCGGCCAGCCUGAUUACAGCGCAGCGUGGGCUGAGUACUACAGGCAGCAAGCGGCGUACUAUGGGCAGGCCAGCCCCCAGGCCAUGCCCCCACAUCCUCCUGCACCGCAAGCACAGCAGGGCCAGUAAUGUGAAGUGGACAUAGAGUAUUUGCUUCAUUGUCGAAAAACCUUUGUUAAAUGUAUGGAUGCAGACGACUUGAUGAAGAUCUUAAUUUCUUUGGUUUAAAACAGUGUUCGAAAGAGUACGUAAAAAACACCGAAGGCAAUUUUCCUGUAUAAGAUGAACGGUUUGUUUUUAGUAUGUGGUUCAUAGAUUUGGACAUUCCAGCUCCUGUAUUUCAUCAUUAAUUAUGUGGUCAAUGCUCAUGUUUAUGAAACUGUAGUAAUUUCCAUGUAAAUCAUCUCGUUUUUUUAAAAAAUGCCUGUUUUUUGUGUUUUGCAAUAAAACAAAAUGAAACCUCCUGUGUUGGUAAGUUGGGUGGAAAUAUGGGUAAUUCUCAGCCUUGCAAGUUAAGUUGUAGUUCUGCCCUAAGGUGUAUAUGAAUGUCUGUUACAGACUGUACAGAUUUGAUGACAUUUUAAGUUUCGAGUUUUUCUUCGCUCACCCUAAAAAGUUAAUGGCUCUGAGUUUUUAUUUGAAGUUUUAAGUCUACAAAAAUUUUUAUUGGUAUUUAAAACAUCUUAAGAAAUGAAAGGAAUGUUGCAGUUUUUCACUUAAGUACCUGUUUUGUUUUAGCCUUGUCUAUUCUAUAGGCUUUCAAUAUAGUGAUUUAGGACCAGGCCAGUGUGCAUGUAGUUAUGGAGGUAGUGGAUAUCAACAUGAUACACCUGAAAUUACAACCUAGUUCUGUAGUAUUUUUUCAAUGUACUGUAUAUGAACAUUACCUGUUUGCUGACUUGAGGUAGUCUGAACUGUUUAUAAUAAGAGAACAACUUUUUCCCUCACAGGAAAGAUUAGAAAGGUGGUAAGAAAGCAAAAAGUAUUCUUUAUGAAAUGUUCCCUUAAAUGUGACUUCAUGAACAUCAUAGUCAAAUUGCUGCUUUUUUACAGCACAGGUAAAUGUGUUCUUAUAUUAACAGUAAUUGUCUUUGCAAAAGUACUGAUUUUUUUCCCCCAUCUUGGUGUCUUAAAGCCACUGUCUGCUUUGUAUAUAUUUGCUGGCUUUUUGUUAUGAUUAAAGGAAAAACGUGAAUGCAGAAUCAAUUUGCUUUGCCAUUGUCCUUUAAAGUGCAUCCAGCGUAGGUCUAGAUUUGUAGGGCUGAGGAGGCCUACGCUGUACACCAUCCUUGAUUUGUUCCAUCAAGGAGCACUUUCAAUGUAAGUACAAAAUCACAAAUAUAAUGGAUCCGAAGUCCUUUUGCUUUCAAUGUAUUUCUUUGAGAGACUGAAAAUGUAGUGUUUUGACUAGCAGUGAAGUAUUGCUUUUAUUUAAAAAUAGGAUCCUUUCUAUUCAUAGGUAAGUAUCCAAAUAUUGAAACACGUUUAUUGCAACUGUUACCAUGACACCUUUCCUUAAGUUCCAAGUUUAAAUGUAAUCAUUUGAAGGUCGUGUUUUGCAAUGUUAACCGAAAAGUGCAGAAUUCUCUUAGUUCUAGCACUUAGGCUACCGCAUACGUAAUUGGUACUGUAGACUGUUUUGUAGGCUACCAUCUUUUUUUUUAGAAAUGCUUGCCGGUUUGAUCCAUCCCUUUCAAUACGAUGAAAUGUUACAAUAGAAGGCUUUAGUAACUACUUUUUUAAAUAUUAUAGGGUGCACAGUGUAGUAUGUGGCAGGAUUUCUGUUUACAGGAAAGCGAUUUAUAAUACCAUGUAACUGAUGAUAAAGAUUGAAAUUAGAAAAGUUUUUGGUUGUAGAUUCUCACUUCUUGCGCAUAAUGAUAGGACUGUUUACUCUAAUAAGAUCAUUUAACAGGAUGCAUUUAAUGCACUUAAUGAAUAAGCAGCUUCAGAAUUGGAUUAGAAAAUAUAAAGUAAGCACUUCUAGAAAGGCUCUAUAAAAUGAUAGAAGAAGUACUCCGCUGAGUUGUUUUGAAAUGCCAUUGUUUUAAGUACGUUUAUACUGGAGGCUGUUGAACUGAUUCAUAAUUGAAUGAUUGAAUUUUUUAUUGAUGGCAAACAGUGCAAUAUUUAAUCUUUGCAGUGUGACCCAGACCUUUCACCUUAGGUUCUGCUGCAGUUUAACAGGUAAGCAUAACCUAAGGACAACAGUGUUUGAAAUAUGAAUGACUUGAAUGACUUGCCUUGUAGUGACAUGCAUACUUUUGUCAUUUUUGUUCUGCGAAAAUGUUGAAGCUGUUAGGGAUGUGUUAAAUCAUUUGGUUCAAACUGUGACCUUGGAGAAAAAAGAAUCAGAAGAAUAGCAACAGCCUUCAUGUAUUUUUCAUAUUAAUGUGAUGAACAUCAAUGAAUUGCAUGGCAUUGAAUUGAUCGUAUUCAAAACAUGAAGCCGAAGUUUAAGUAUUUGUUGCAAUAUAGUUAAAAUGUGCAUUUCUUCUCCCUUGACUGCAAUGACUUUUAAGCAUAGCUUUAUAGUAUAUCACUUGCUGGUUCCUUUUUAAUUCUUAUGUGCAGUUUUAUCAUUUAAUGUAGAUAUUCUAGAACAAGCUUUAUUAUGAUAAUUUGUAUACACUUAGGUUUCUGGUAAGUCUGAUUUGUUUAGUGUAACCUUUCAGAAUGCUUUGAGAAAAUAGGUAUUGCUUUUGUUUCUAUCCUUAGUGUCACUGCAAAACAUUGCAUGCAGUUUGUUGCUAGUAUUUGAAAAUAGUAAUGCCGUAUAAUUUACUUGUGUAUUAUUGGUUUGAAACAUGUAAUGCCCCAUUUUUGUAGUGUUCAUACAACUUAAAAAUGCUGCCUUCAUUUUCACACACAGUGUUGAAGAUGCUGCGAGCAUAGUUCAUAGAAUCAGGCCCUGAGAAUAGUUUGUCCCUAAGGAGGAAUCCUUUGAGUGUAUUCCACUGGUGAACGUAGACCAUUCAAGGGCUCCAGUUAUAAGGUAAACUUAAGGAACUGUUAUAACUGAGAAAUUAAUGUUCUUUCUGUUAGUUUAGGGUCUGUCUUCAAGUACAUGCUUUUUUGUGUUUUUGAAAUUAUGAUUUAAUGUUCUAAAAUGCAAUAUUUUUCUAUCAUAUAAUGUUAGGUGAUUAAUGUCUUAUAGUUUUUUUUAUAAAUGUAGAUAUUAACAUAUGCUUUUAACUGGCGGUACUCUGACAAAUCUGGAGACUCAUGAAAAGUUUGCUUUAGGCAGUUAAAGAUGGUUAGAAUUGAAACUUUUUUUCCCUCCAAGUUCUAAUGAAAAGUUUAAGAUUUUGGCAAUGAAUUGGAUAGAAUAAAUUCUGUCAGUAUUUAAGAACUUGCAAGUUUCUACACUUUGCCCAUUCGAGUGUUUGGCUGCAUAUAUUUUAUUUAUAUGCAUGUGAGAUGCUGUUUCCUUUUGAGGAAAGUGUUCUCAGCAGAAAAUGCCUGGGGUGUAGAAAAGAAGACAAAACAGGAGCUGUACUGAGAAAUAUCCAAAAGGGGAGCAUGCGUUAGAGGUAACCAAUGGUGACGUGCUGUGUAUAUUCCACAAUGUACUUUCAUAGAUGAAACUGUUCAAGUUUUGAGUGUGCAACUUUGUUCCUAUGUUAAAAAAAUAAACUUGUAUUAGUUGAAAGACUA